AUGUUUAAACGACUUCGAAAUAGGAAGGAAAAUGAAAAGCCAUCUUCCUCUUCCACAUCCUCCCCUAGCAGAUUCUUCUCAUUUGGCAGUGGGGACAGCAACCAAGUAGAUACAGAUGCUGGAGCACAGGGUUUUAUAUGUCCAUUAUGUAUGACAGCUUUGACAUCACCAGAAGCUCUUCAGGCACAUUUUGACAAGGAGCAUGCAGAUGGUCCAGCUAAAACAGACGAAUCACAAGGGGAGGGGUUCCUCUGCCCUAUCUGUAAGAAGUCCCUACCAUCACCUGAAGAAUUACAAGCUCACUUUGAUUCCGCCCAUGACGAUAAACCUGCCUUCUCAGAAAACAGAGAUGGAGAUGUUCUAGCGAUGAGACAGGAGAUAGAUGAUCUUAGAACAUCCCUUAAAGAAGAGCGCUGGUACACAGAACAGCUUAAAACAGAAUUAGAGAAAACUGCUGAGGCGGGGUCCACACCAAACAUACCUCUGUCAGCCCAGGAACGUGCUGAGCUUGAGAUGUGUCGAUUACAACUGAGGGGUUCAGAGGAAAGCAGAACACUGUUGAGUUCUGAGGUACACCACUUACAAUCCAAGAUUGCCGAGUUGACAGCUAAUGCAGAGAAUGUUACAACAGAGAGGGAUCGACUGCGGUCAAAGUCGGGUGAAUUGGCAGGUGAUCUUGUGACAGUGAAAGCCAAAGCUGAUGAGGUUGAAGGUCAAAGGUCAGCUCUAGAGGACCACAUCCUAACAUUGAAGCAACAGAUAGAAACCAAGACUUCACAAAUUCAGAGUUUGGAAGUCCAGCUGGCACAAAGACCAGGGGUAGAGGAUGUAAUGGUGCUGAAGGAAGAACUUAUCUCUGUACAGACACUCAUGGACAAUAUGUCCCAGGAGACAGAGCGUGAACGUGACAACCUACAAAAGGAACACAGAACACUUCAGGCCAAGUUUGAAGAGUCUGAAGUGAGAGUAAAAGAAUUGGAGUCUCAGAUGGGAGCAGCCCCACGUUUGGAGGAAAUACAACAAUUGAAGUCCUCUGUGUCUAAUCUGGAAGGGAGGAGGGAGGAGCUGACCAGUACAGUUAAAGAAAAAAAUGAUGAAAUCCAACAACUACAGGAACGAUUCCAGCAGGUAACACAGAAACUGGAGGAAGCUGAGAAGAAUACUGAGGUCAAGGGUGCAGGAGUUCUGAAACUCCAAGGUGACCUUGACUCCAUUAGUGAUAACUUAGCAACCUCUCAGUCCCAGCUUAGACAGAAGGAAGAACAGAACACACAGCUACAGUCAGACCUCAAAGCAGUAACACAGAAGCUGGAAGAGGCUGAGAAAAAUGCAGAAGGCAGAGAUGCUCAAGUUGUCAAGCUCCAAGGUGACCUUGACUCUGUGAGUAGUAACCUUGCAACCACUGAGACCCAGCUCCGAGAAAAAGAUAACGAUUUCACACAGCUGCAGUCAGACCUGAAAUCGGUGACUCAAAAACUUGAGGAAGCUGAGAAGAAUUUAGAAAUCAAGGAUGCAGAAGUUGUGAAGCUUCAAGGUGACCUUGACUCUACAAGUGAUGACCUAGUGACUACUCAGACACAACUUAAACAGAAAGAUGAACAGUACAGACAGCUGCAGUCAGACCUCCUUUCCGGGAAAGAACAGAGCAGCACCAUUCAGGAACAGUUGAUUGAGAAAGCCAAUCAGAUUUCAGACCUCCAGGUAACCGUUGAUAGGCGUGAAUCAGAAUUGACCUUGUCCAAUCAGAAUUUGGAGGAGACCAAGGCCAAAGUCAAGGAUGUAGAGGAGGAGUUGAUAAAGACAUCCCAGUCUGUCCAUGAAAAGGAAACCAUCAUCUCUGACCUUGAGAAACAAUUGACUGAUCAAAGGUCACAAUCACAGGAACUCUUGCACCAAAAGGAGCAACAGUGUAAUAACCUCAAGCUGGAACUUGAAAAAGAACAGUCCAGCAGAGAGUCUCAGACAUCAGAACUGGAUGGUUUACAACAGCAACUUUCCAGUAUGACACAGCAUUAUCAACAAGAGUGUACAGCCAAUGAUGAGCUGAAGACAACCAUAAGGGAAAAAGAAUCACUACUCCAGGAAGAGCAGCGGAAGGUCACAUCAAAAGAGGAGAAGAUCAUGUCCUUAGAGAACCAGGUGACAUCUUCUAAGGAGGAGGUGACUAGGCUGGAGACAGAGAGGACUGACCUUAUAGCCAAGAUAGAGGCAGGAGAAGGUACUGAGACAGUCAUUGUCCAGUUGAAACAAGAAAAGGAAAUGUUACAAGAGAAACUCACUUCCAUGGAGCAGACCCUACAAACACAGACCACUGAAAAUGAAGUCAAAGUUGAGAGUUUACACAAACAAGUCACAGAGGCCAAAGGUCAAUUAGAGGCAACAGAGGACAAAGUUCAGAAGUUACAGGCAACACUUGAGGAACGAGGAGAACAGCUGACCUCUACACAACAGAGGGUACACACGCUGGAGGGGGAGGUCAAGGUCAAGGCAGAAGCUCUGCUGGGUUUAGAGGCAGCUAAGACCAGUCAGAGGGUCGACUUGGAGAACCAUCUCAAGACAGCACAAAACAUGGUGGAGGAAAAGGUGUCAGAGCUAGAAAAACUGCGUCUUCAGGUAGACCAGGUACAGAAGGAUUUAGCUUCUAGAAAAGAGAAAAUAGUUGCCAUGGAAACAUCACAAAAGGAACAGCUAGAAAAAUACACUCUGUUGUCCCAGCAACACACCAGUUUAGAAAGACAGCACAAAGAAAAGUUGGCAGCACUUGAGAAGUCAGAGAAAGAAGUUAAAGAUACCAAAGACCAGUUAUCAUCUACUAAGAAUGUUCUAGAGGAGAAAACAAGAGUGCUUAUACAAGUGGAACAAGACCUUGACAUGACAAAGAAAACCAGUAAUAAAGAGAUAGGAAAACUUAAAAGUCAGAUUGAGAAACAAACUACUGAGACAACAGUAUUAAACCAACAACUAGUCACUGUGAAAGCAGAUGUUGAGAAAAAGGAGAAAUCUUGCCAUGAACUGACGAAUGAGUUGGAAGUGACCAAGAAAUCCCUCACAGAAAAGACAGCCACCGUGAAGGCACGUGAAGAGGAGAUUACAAAGAUGGAAAAGAAGCAUAAAGAGGAUAUUGUUGGAUUGAAAGGAGAUUUAGAAAAGAUGAAAUCUGAAGGAGCAGCUAUUCAGGAGAAACUGCAAGGGGAGUUGAAUGGACUACAAAAAGAGAAAGAGAAACUUCUGGUAGACUGUUCCCUGUUGGAGAAAAAUGUCAGUGAGCUAAAGACAUCCCUCACAUCUGAGGAAGAAAGGCUUCAAAAAACAACAGACACACUCACCAAAGAAAAGACAUCUUUGGAAGGGGAGCUGAAGAAAAGCAGGGAUCAGCAUGAAGCAGAUAAAAACAGCUUGAGUGCACAGCUGGUCGAACUAAGGACACAACUGUCCACUGAGAAGGAGUUGGUUACUAAUAAGGCUGCUUCAGAGUCAAAUCUUCAGUCUCAGAUAACCAGUCUUGAAGCAGAGAAAGCAGAAUUAAAAAGUCGAGCAGACAAGCUGGAUGCUGAAGUCACUGAUCUUAAAGACAAGCAGGAGCUACAGAAGGAACAGAUAGAGCUAAAGGAACAACAGCUGAAGGCCAUGAUAGAAGGCAAGGUAGCAGAGUCUGAAGAACUUCAACAACAGGUCAAGAAUCUCACUGAGAAGCAGAAGAGCUUGGAGACCAAGCUGUCUACCACAGAAACUAGUCUACAAGAGCUCCAGAAUAAGCACAGUGACACUGAGACAGAGCUCGCUAAGGCCAGAGAACGUGAGACAGAGCUCAACAACUCAUUUGAUGAGCUCAGUGAGGUUAGGAGUGCCAUGAAUACACAGAUGGUAGAACUGGACAAAGAACUUUCAGAUAGUAAGACUCAACAGGAGGAACUCUCUAAACAGAAGGAAACCAUGGAGACAGAGCUUAUUGAGCUGAGAAAGACUUGUUCAGAAACAAAAGCUGCAAAUGAUUCUUAUGAAAGUGACAUCAAACGAUUGUCUUCUCAGUUAGAGAUGGAGAAGCAAGAAAGACGAACGGAAGUCUCAGAGUUGACGGAAGCAAAAGAAAUUCUUAUUAGUCAGAAACUAGAAAUACAGAAUAAGAUGAAGGAAGUAGAAGGAAAGAUAGAAAAGAUUGAACAAGGGAAAGAAGAGGCAGAAAGCAAGGCUGCUGAAAUCCAGCUGAUGUUACGAGAGGAAAAUUCAGGUCUACAAAACAAACUGAUAGAAGAACAAAGGCGAAGCACUGAUAUACAAAGAGCGUUGGAUGAAGAAAGAGCAAAAUAUGAGCUUCAGUCAACAGUGCUGAACGAGAAUUUGACCACCAUUAGAGGUGAUCUGGUUACUGCACAACAGAGUCUGGAGGAUCUGACGAAAGUCAAUGAUGAAUUGUCUGGUGAAAAACUUGAACUUGAAGCAAAAUUAGAAAACAACAAUGAUGAAAGAAGAGUCUUGUUAGAAAGGUGCCUAAAGAGUGAAGAAGAGGUACAAAAGCUGAGAGAGAAAGCAACAGAAUUAAGGAGGAAGUUUGACGAUACACAAGCUGCUCUACAGGAGCUUGGAAGGGAGAACCAAUCAUUACAGAUAACUACAACCAAGGUCCAGAGCCGGAAGUGGACAGAUGACAGUGAGGUUAAGGAGUGUAUGAAUUGCAGUAAAAAUUUCUCUGUCACCGUACGACGGCAUCAUUGUCGGCAGUGUGGCAACAUAUUCUGUAAUGAAUGCUCCUCCAAGGAGGUUCGCCUAGCCCUGUCAAAGAAACCUGUCAGAGUGUGCAACGCUUGUUUCCGAGACAUCAACCGAAAACUUUGACCAAAAUACUUAUGUAAGGGAUUAAAAUUCUAGCACCAUAUUUGCUUACCAAUCCAUUCCUGAAAUUGUCCUCCUCCAGUUAAACUGAAACAUCCCAUUUAUACUCAAAUCACACAAAUUGACCCUGAUAUAUUUACCAAUAGUGUUAUUAUAACCAAUUAUCAGAAAAUUGUAUUGAUUAAUUCAACAUGUUUUUGUAAAUUCAUAUUCAGUCAAUUUUUUUAAUUUAAUCAAUUUUUUUAUCAAUACAUGCUUUUCUUAUUUCAAAACAAUAAAAAACCACUUAAACCUUGAAUGAUCCAUUCAUAUUUCCCAUCAAAUGCUUCAUAAAUUAUACACCUCAAUCCUCACCACAUAUAUUUACAGUUUAACCCAGAUUUAUAUCACAUUUACACAUCUAAAUAAAGACCAAAGUUUACACUUCAAUAAAGCACUACCACCGAUCCCUGACCAGCUAGUUGAUAUACUGUUACAUCUUACUAUAUAUUGCACCAUCUUGCACUCAGUUGAUAAUCACUGGCCUGCUGCAUGAACAGAAAUCUAUGAUGGUUGUUGAUAAAAUGAUGUAUAUUUCAUUGUAUGAAAGUAACUGUAGUGAAGCUUUGUUGUACUGCCACCAUGAUAGGGAAACUGUGCCAUUUUUAGAGGUUUAUGGAGUGAAAUGUAUUGGGACUUCAUGGAAAAUAGAUAAAGCAUGAAAAUAUGUUGGCUGUGAGCAUGAUCACAAUAGAUUUAUGUAUAUUUUGUUACUGGAAUGUUGAUUUGAUAAAAUUCUGUUUUGUUUGUUUGUUCAAUAUCUGACUUUAUUUUUCCUUUUAAUCUUUUAAUUCAUUCAUAUAUAGAACAUAUUGAACAUAUUGAUGGUUUUGCAUAAUUCACAAUAUCUGAAUCCUCCAAAUAUUCAUUAAGGUGAAAAGCAUAUUGAAAUAAUUUUAUAGAGUUAUAUAAUUAAAGGAAUCUCAUUACAUGUUAAAUGCUGCCAAACACAUAACAAAUGUGCAUAUUCUCUUUCUUAAAUUUAUAGGAAAGUUCCUAUACUUUUUGAAAUGACAGUUUCUGAAAUUCAGCAUUAAAUCUCCAAUUUCAUAUAUUUUAAUUAUUGGCUAGUUGUUAUCAAACAAUCCAUUGUAUUUGAAUCAAAUGUAGCAAUUUUCAUUGUUGGAAGAUGCCACUUAAAUGUACCACAAAUUAUUUUGUCAAAGACUUUUUCUCAAAAGCUACCAACAGAUUUUGAGAACAUUGAACUGAAUAUAUGAUAUAUACAAAACCUUUAAUCACUUUGUUUAACAAAACAUCUGAUAUGUUACUGCAUUUACAGGUACAUUAGAAAUAUUAUGUAUUUUCAAGAACUGGUACAAAGUACUACAUUUCAAACUUAGAAAAAAUCUGCAACUUAAGAUUAGGCAUUAUUUAUAAGACAAUAUGUAGACAAUAGAAUGAAGGCACCUUCUACAAACUUUAGUAAAUGAGAGAUAAACAUGAUGAAUGUUUCUAAUUACGUGAUUGUAAGUUGAAUAAAGAUAUUUAUAUAUGUGUAGAGGAUGUGUCAUAUCAUACUAAAAUAAAAAAAAGUAUGCCUUUGUUUUAUGCCAAGAUCUCAUUACUUGUAAGGACAUACUUUUUAAUUUGGUGUUAUUUUAAAGUUCAAAUGUUGAUUUUACAAAACUGUAAACAUGUUGUUUUAUACGGUGCUAAAGUUUAAUUAAAUAUGCAUUUUAUCAACUACCAAUUGAUUUAUAUUGAAAUAUUUUACUCCAUCCAGAGUUAUGAGUAUUACAGAAUAUUGAAACACAAUGCUGUAAUAGUUAUUUUUAUACACAGGGACAAAGGUCAAACAUAAAAGUUGAUCAGUUUUGAAAAACAAACUUAUAAAUAAAUUCCUACUAUUGUU